AUGACGCCCCAAAACUUGGUCGUCAUCUUCUUUCUGCUGUUCCCCGUUUGCGCCAUGGGCCUCCUCAACUUCCAUUUCCACUUGGCCAACACGGAGGAGGCGCGGAAUUUGAGCAGAGUUGUCGAAAAAUCGCUGACCGGUUUCCUGGAGAAGCAAAAGGCGCAAUUUGAGCUGACCAACGAGACUGCUCGCGACGCGUUCAGCGACAUCUACCAUUGCCAUCUGAUGCGGAGGGCCCAAACCCGUGCCCCGUCGAUGCUCGUCCACAUUCCGGCCGGCGCGAGAGGGGAUGCGCAACUCUGUAACCCGACCAUCUACGGCUCGAUGCGUUUGGUGGCGCAGCUCCACGGAAACCUCAAAGACGGCAGCUGGCAGAUCGAGGUGCAGUCGCCGUGCGGGCGCAUUUUCUAUCAGGCCCCGAUCAGCGACGUCGUGGAGCUGCUCUACUACUCGGUGCUGCUCGACGACAACUGCAAGCAGUCCACGUACAACGUGAACAGCCUGAAGACGAUCGGCCGCGCGAAGAUGGACGUCGACCAUCGGAAGGCCAUCGUCCUCGCCCACUACGAUAGCCGCGUGUUUUCGUUCCUGAACUCGAUGUGGCUGCUCCCGUUCUCGGUCUACAUCGUGCUCGAGCUGUGCUCCCUGAAUUGGGAUCUCGUGCGCAAGUACCGCUACGCCGGCUUCAAGCGCAUCCACUGGGACCCGCAGCUGCUGCAAACGAUCACUGGCAGCGACCGUCUCCUGGAGGCGGGUCCCACAUCGUACUACUCGGUUCCGAUGGGCCACCGUACCCUUGGCACUGAUGAUACCACCCGUUCCGUGGCACAACACGAUGACGAUCAUCACAGCACGACCACCACCAGCCAGGGCAACCCCCACACCCAUUCCCAUAGCUCCGAA